AUAUGGCUUCUCAUUUCUUAUCAGCUGUUCAACAAAAAAAUUUGCCAUCCAACUGCACAAAGAAAAACAUCGACUACCCCCAAUUUUUAUUGUUUAUUUAUCGACAAAAACGAAACAAAAAUAUGGAAAAAAUUGGAAAUCAAAUUGGCUACUUGAUCCUCAAGGACGAUGGUGCAGUUUUAGAAUCUGGUGGUGAAUUAGAAAACGAUGAACGCAGUGCUAGCAUUUUUAUGGGCAUUUUACAAAUGUCAGAAACAAUCGAUGAAAACUUCAUGCCAAAAAGCAGUUGUGAAAAGAUCUCAAUCAUUUACGAAGAUCACAGCUACACAAUGUGCAUGUCGAAUAGAAAAAUCUAUGUUAUCAAACAAAAGCACACAACAUCGAGCAGUGGAUUCUCGGAUUUGAGCAGCGAGGUGGGCAACUCGAUAAUUGCUUGAGAUUCAUUUGGGUCGAAUGGAGGUGAAACGAGAAGGAAAAGGGAAAAACGCAUCAAUUGGCGAACACCAUUUAUUCUUAUAAUAAUUAUGUUUAUUUGUCAAAAAAUACAUCAUUUGUAAUUUCUUGGUCAAAGAUCUUCUUGGCUUCGUUCGUUAUAUCUAAUAAAGUGGCUCUGUUGUUUGAGAUUAUUACAUAAAACUGA